AUGGGAAUGAAGUUCCCCACACCCCUUAACUACGAACUCAACCCACACCGGGGCCACUCUAGACCCAUUGACGAUAACUAUAACGACCCUCUCAAACCUGACGGCUCCGAUUAUCCUUGCCGUGGGUAUGCAAAGCUCAUGGGUACUCGGGAGGGCGUUCAAGUCGCAACAUACAAUGCCGGUGGAACGGGCUACUUUAUGCUCGAGCCAAACAGCCCUGCUGCGAAAAAAAAGGGCGGGCCACAUGGCGGCGGCAGCUGUCAGAUCUCGCUCUCAUACGACCGGGGACAAACGUUCAAGGUCAUCAAGAGCUUCAUCGGGUCCUGCCCGAAACGCAGCAUGGAUGAGGAGCAGAAGUUCAACUUCACGAUCCCCAAAGAAGCGCCUAGUGGUAUCGUUAUAUUUUCUUGGUCUUGGUUCAACCGUGACCACGAGAUGUUCCAGAACUGCGCCAGCGUAAACAUCAAGAACGGCGGUAGUGGAAUCUCGCAUCUCCCGAACAUGAUGGUUGCCAAUAUUGGCAAUGGAUGCGAUAGUCCAACAUGGACCACCGUUGAUGGCGUGGAUAAAUACAUUGAUCUUUUGUAUCCGAACCCUGGCAAAGUGGUAGAGUAUGGGGAUGGGAGGUAUCCACUAGUACUUCCCUCAGGAAAGAAUUGUUCUGUACUACCUCGCCCUGCCGUGUGA